AUGUCGUACAACUACGGAGCACCACCACCUGCAGGAGGAGGUUAUGGGGGAGGAGGUUACGGGGGAGGAGGAGCACCAGGAGGCUACGGCGCCCCAUCUGGCUACGGCGGAGGCUUCCAACAGCCUCCCCCCCAAGGUCCACCUCCCGGCGCAGAUCCUCAGCUCUGGCAGUGGUUCUCAACCGUUGACACGGAUAGAUCUGGCCAUAUUUCCGCUCAGGAGUUAGAGCGCGCAUUGAUCAAUGGCGAUUGGACUCCAUUCGAUCUGGACACAGUAAAGCUCCUCAUGUCGAUCUUUGACACUGAUCGCAGCGGCACGAUCGGAUUCAACGAGUUCGCCGGGCUGUGGAAAUACAUCAAGGACUGGCAAGGUGUCUUCAGACACUUUGAUCGCGACCGAUCAGGCUCUAUCGACGGUCAAGAGCUCCACGCCGCUCUGUCGCAGUUCGGUUACAACCUAUCUCCUCAGAUCCUCGAUCAGGUCCAAAGGAAAUACGCAUCUGGUGUUGUCCGGCCUGGCCAACCACAACCUGGUAUCUCCUUUGACCGCUUCGUCCGCGCUUGCGUUGUGAUCAAGCAAUUGACGGAGUCCUUCCAACGCUUGGACACCCAGCGCAGUGGAUGGGUCCAAAUGAGCUACGAGCAGUUUAUGCAAACUGUUCUCUCCCUCCCCUAA